GACUGUGCAGCAGCAUCAGCAGUAUCCAGGAAGCAGCCAAUCAGAGACCGCCGCUUCCCGUCCCACAUCCAACCCGAAUAACUGCAGAUGCCCGCAACCAAGCAACGACUGUCUGUCUUUGCUUCCACCUCUCUAGCUUCCACCUCUCUAUCUCUCUCUUCCUCUGGCAGGUGCACUGAGAUAAUAUCUGCCCUCUAUUUUUGGAUUUCGUCGAACCCCCUCAACCUUUUCAGCUUUUGUUGUGAUUUAAGUUUUCAAAUCCAAACCUGUUGUCUCGUUUAUGUUUGAUAACGGUCAAACAGCUCUUAGGCAACAGCCUCAACCGACCAGAUUAUCACUUCUUAAUGGAAGACAUUUUCUCUCUCGCUCCGGGGCGCUUUUUCGCAUCUAUUUUGGGUCCGUAUUUCCAUCGACGAAGGAGGGACCCUCAGUGAAUGAAACGGGGGCAGAAAGCGCGUCAGGCUCUGUUUAUAUAGGUUAUCAGCGGGAACGGAAGCCGCUUUAACCGCUUCUGGUGCCACAGUGGAUGCCGAUAGUGGGUAGUUUUUUUUAAAUUCUGAAUCAGCGAUCCUUCAAGAAGGAAAGUCGAUACAUGGAUACAUGGAUCCCAGAAGAAUAGUGGAUUAAUUAGACGAGUAAACCUGGAUUAUCACUGUAACAUAAUGGCAUCCCAAAGUCAGCUCUUUCUCCUUGUUUUUUUAAGUCUCAUUGACUUGUCAAAGCAGGGCUGUAAAGAAUAUUUCGAACCAAAGAAAUGGGCAAACCUGACUGAGAAUAUAACCCUAAUAAGUGCUGGCAGUCACAAGGAUGACAUAUUAUGCACUUUAUGGAAUCUGGGCCAAAACAACAACUGCAGUGAUAAAAAACCUUUUUCUUGCAUCCUCAAUCACUGCCACAGCAAAACUGAGCUGGAUGCAAGGUGUAGUCAGAAAACUAAAGGGAAUGACACCAUCUAUUUGUUCCACUUCUGGUGUUUUCUGGCUCAUCUGUCCAAUAAAACAGAGUGUACAAACUUUGGUACUGUAAUCAAAACCAUAGAAAGGAUAUGGAACGCUUUGAAUCCUGAUCAAGCAACUGCAGAAACAACAAAAUCAUCUCCAACAGCUACAUCAACAAUAUCUUCAACAACCACAUGGACAAUAUCUCCAGCAGCCACAUCGGCAAUAUUUCCAGCAGCCACAUCGACAAUAUCUCCAACAGCCACAUCAACAAUAUCUUCAGCAGCCACAUCAACAAUAUCUUCAGCAGCCACAUCAACAAUAUCUUCAGCAGCCACAUCAACAAUAUCUUCAGCAGCCACAUCAACAAUAUCUUCAGCAGCCACAUCGACAAUAUCUCCAACAGCUACAUCGACAAUAUCUUCAGCUGCCACAUCGACAAUAUCUCCAACAGCUACAUCGACAAUAUCUUCAGCUGCCACAUCGACAAUAUCUCCAACAGCUACAUCGACAAUAUCUUCAGCAGCCACAUCGACAAUAUCUCCACCAGUUACAUCAUCUCCACUAGUUACACUGACAACAUCUCCGACAACUCCAUCGACAAUAUCUCCAACAACUAAAUUAACAAUAUCUCUGACAACUAAAUCAACAAUAUCUAUGACAGCUACAUCAACAAUAUCUCCACCAGUUACACUGACAUCAUCUCCGACAACAAAAUCGACAAUAUCUCCGACAACUAAAUUGACAAUAUCUCCAAUGGUUACAUCGACAAUAUCUCCACCAGUUACACUGACAUCAUCUCCGACAACAAAAUCGACAAUAUCUCCGACAACUAAAUUGACAAUAUCUCCAAUGGUUUCAUCGACAAUAUCUCCACCAGUUACACUGACAUCAUCUCCGACAACAAAAUCGACAAUAUCUCCGACAACUAAAUUGACAAUAUCUCCAAUGGUUUCAUCGACAAUAUCUCCACCAGUUACACUGAUAUCAUCUCCAACAACUACAUCGACAAAAUUUCCACCCAAUUCAUUAACAACAUUUUCACCAGCUACAUUGGCAUCAUCCUCCUCAACACAGUCAACAGCUGCAGUAAUAAAAACAUUGCCAAGUAACCCAGGACAAACAACAGAACUGCAAACAACGGAUGUUAUCACUUGUUCAGCUUGCACUGGCGAUAAGGCUUCUCCAAUCCAUGGGAAACUGGAAUCAGCAACAGGAACAUGGGAAACCAACACAACCAUCAUUUCCUUAGUGCUUUCCAUCUUCAUUAACAUUGUACUGGGAAUCAGCUAUUUCCUACAUAGGAGGAGACACAAGACGCAGUCUAAUCUGGAAUGCAUCAUCCUAAAUUCAUCUACAGCAGCUACCGAAAAAUGCCCUGAGCAGUGCUUACAACCCUUGAAUGAAGGUCUGCUUUAAGAACCAAAAAUAUGACCUCAUUUGUUCAUAGUCUUCACUCACUGGUGGGAAACAAUUGAUUUCCUGUAUGGAAGCAUCAUCUAUUAAGUGUUUUUAACAGAAGGGAAAAAUAAGCUUCAAAAGUACUUUGUCCAAAGAAAACAGAAAAUGAAAAAAUGGUGCAGAAAACAGCAUUUUGUCACAAAGUCCGAAGAAGCCUCUAAAAUCAAGUAUGGCAGCACUCCAGUAUCUUGUCCCAGCAAGAUGAUGGGUAACAGAAGUUAUAUCACUCCAUUUUACUAACACUGAGGCAUGUGUGUCUUUUGCUCCUCCUGUGAUACUUUUAAGGUUACUCUAAGCUUAGUGAUGUGAUGUGAAAAGUUGCUGGAAUGGUUACAGGAAGAAGAACCAUAUACUAAAUGUAAUGUUUGAGUACAAACUCGGGUGCACUGAACUGUAUUGGAUUCACCGUAUAGUACCUGGCUGAACUAUUCAUACCUGUUGAACUUUUUCCAAUACUGUCAUGUUGCAACCACAAACCAUAUAUAUUAUUUAAUGUUUAAAGUUGUCACGGUCUGAUCCACAUGGGGCAAAAACCCGUUGCGACUGCUUCAGCUGCUACACAGGAUGGCUGGUCGGCACACAGGCGUGCAGAGCUGCGGUUCAGGCCGUGGGGAAAACUGCUUCAAUUAGGGCUGCCUCUGGAGGCCUCAGAAGAAACGUCAAGCCACGCUUGUCUCAUUACUCACUUUGAAUGAAUAAAUGCUGGAUUAUUUGAGCAGCAGAUCAAAUACUUAACUUUUUAUUGUUUCGAUUGGUCAAUGUUUGAUCGAAGGUUUGUUGUUACUUUGCAUCCAAGGAUUCUUUGAAGGUAGGCCUUAGGCUUGCCGGUGAGUUUAAGACCUACAGCUGACGCGUGGAUUCUCUCCUGUACGACCUCGGUUGAGAGCCGCGUGGAUUAAGACCACCAUGUUGCAACACUGCAUUUUUUGUUCAAACAGUGACGUCACGGAGAGUCAGCUAUGACUCCUCCUCUUCUUGGGCUGGGUUAGACGGAAGUUAGCGUGACACUGAAAAGUGUAGAAAAGUUCAAACUGGCCUUCGAUUAAGUGUACAGUUCAGAGUCCAUGUUCAUCCAUGUUGUAAUCCAUGGCUGUGGUCCCAACAACACCUACACAGAGAAGCAUGCAAUUGUAAAAGUGUAAAUAAAAUGAUUCCCAUAAUAAGAUACUGCUAUAUAUAUAUAUUUCAUGUUCAGGAGGGUGCAUUCAGGAUGAUGUACAUUGGUUAUCAGCCGGAUAUUGCAUUUUCCAUGUAGUUGAAUUUUGGUCUUAUUUGACCAAAGCACCUUCUACCAGUUUGCUGUGUCCUCCACAUGGCUAAAAAUUGCCUUUUCAACAAAGGCUUUCUUAUUUUCAGUCUUCCUAAAAGGCCAGAUCUGUAUAGUGCGCAUUUUGUAGUUCUGACUCUUAAAACUGAGCUAUGAAUCUCCGCAGCUCCUUCAAUGUUACCAUGGACCUCUUCGCUGCUUCUCUGAGUUAUCCUCUUGUUGACCAAAACAUUUUCAGCCAUGCCAUAUUCUUUCCAUUUUCAGAUGAUAGAUUGAACAGUGUUCUGGAAGAUGGUCAAAGCUUGGGACAACUUUCACCCCAACUUGUCUGCUGUUAUACUUGGUCCUUAUGAUGCUGUUUGUUUAAGGAUGUUCACCAAUAAAGGGCUUCACCGAGCAGCUUAAAUUCUACUUUGCCUAAAAUAUACACAGGUGGACUUAUACUUUUUUUGUUGCAAAUACAUCAAAAACCAUCCUUCACAAUGAUGCACUAGUGUGUGUUACUCUGUUGCAUAAAAAAACCUUUCAGAAAACAUUGAUAUUUGUGGUGUAAAGAAUUUCAAAGGGUAUGAAUACUUUUGCCAGGUACUGUGAACAUUCUACAAAGAAAACUUAAAACAUCUAAGUUAACUGAAGAGUUGUGGAUUUAGAAAAAGCUCUGGGUGUGACAAGAUCCCACAAUAUCAGUAUGCCAUGGUGAUCCCUGUAAGUGUAAAGUCUGUCUUGUGAAGCACUAUCCAUUUGUUGUCAGGAUGUGUCUUGAUCUGUUGAUAUAAAUGUAAGCUGUUAUUACAGGCCCCAGACAGACCUGACACACUAUAUCCUGUGUUUUAGACUCCUAUUGGUAUUGACCUAAAUGCUAUUUGAAACUGUAAAAUGCCUCAACUGAUCAACCCAGAACAGAAUUUUCCUGUGCUCUCGUAAAGCCUUUAUUUUGUUUUUUAGAGUCAUCACUUUUUGAGUAGCACAUAGUUAUAAGGACAUAAACACAAUAUAUGGAUUGGUCAAUAUUGAAAUUGGAUAUUCCACAAUGAUAGCAGAUUCUUUAGAAACACAGUUUGUGAUUUCUGAAGGCUUUACUAGAUUUAUGAAAACAAAACAAAAGGAGAGCAACCAGUACUCUGCAUCAUUUUGUGACCUGGAUAUAUUGUUACACCUCUAGAAAGAGCUGAAGCUUAUUUAGUCGAAUUCACGUGAGUGUGUUUACUAUUGGUUGAGGGUGUGGAUGUCAAAUACAGCACCUGGUGAUCUUAAAGCAUUGUGGAAGACGUUUGUAAAUCUGUAUAUAGUAUUUAAAGUUACAGCGUAUUAAAAACACAUUAUUUCAUUUAUAAAGCAUAUACUAUGUCAAAUCUAUACCUUUUCAAAAUUAUGCAUAUAAAAACUAUACACUGUAUAUUUCGAUUAUUUUCUGUUUUUUUAUUUUUUAUUUCAUCUGAUGCGUUUGGCUUUGAAGAUUUAUGUAAGCAAAGAAGAAAUAGUUUGAGAAAUACAUUUACAUGUAGGCGGCUACACAAGCUUUCUCUGCUGCUUCUCAACUUGUUAUGUCACAUUUUAUCUCACCUGUGAUAUAAAAUCCUAGAAAUUUCAGCAUGGCUGGCUGUGAUAUGGUCAAAUCUGUAGGAAAAGCAAAUAUUUAUAUAUAUUACCUUAUUUAUUGUUUUUCACAAAUAAAGAUAUAGGCUGAUGCCUGUAUAUGGAGAUGCAGUUUGAGACAUGCAGCUAGUUUUAAUGGUGUAUUCCAAAGUUGGAAGCCUAACUUAAUUGUCUUUCAGUUGCAAGUCAGACAAUUAGGGAGAUUACUAAUGAGGUUUUGCUAAUUAAUCAGAUUACAUACUAUUAGCACUAUUAUUAAAAGCUACAACCAAAAGCUUUCUUGUCUUUUAUCUGGAUUAAAAUGUGAUGGACCAACCCAAAUUGGAGCAUAACUGUAAAGUGAAAAGACAAUAAGAGAUGGUUAUUCAUUUAGUUUUACAAAUAAAGGUGUAAUAGGUAAGCAUUUGUUGUCAGUUAAGU